CACCCAGGUCCCUGGAGCAGGAGACAAACAGAAUUAAUGUUUUAUACCUUCGGGUAUAGGUUUGAGUUUUUUCCCCCUCAUGCCAAGUAUUUAAAACCUCUAGAAACCCAUGAUUUGACAAUCAAUGAUUGCGCGAUACUUUCAAUUUGAAUAUUCAAAGGCUUAACAAAAUGGACUAUCUUCUGCAGAAAUCCUGCACACAGGCACCCCACAGAGAGUCCAGAGAAACAGGGAGUGAGACCCCUUUGGGUCCUGGCCCUUCCUUUUAUUACAUUUUGAGCAUUUUGUCCUCCUUCCCACAGAUAGAGCAGAUGUCCUCAAAGAUGCUCUGUAUUUCAGCCUUCAGGGCAGCUAGGGAGCCAUGAGUGACUUAGGCUGCCCUGGCCAUGAAAACCAGAGCCAGACUGGCUGACCAGACUGAUUCCCGCAUCCCCCAUCUGUGUUUUGAGGGAAAAUCCCAGGUUUUGGGGAGUGAACAUGGCAGCUAGUGGGUGUGGCACAGCAAGAGGUCACUCUGGGCCCAGGUGGGAGGCCAGCAGCCUAGCAGAGGCCUUCGCUCUGCAUCUCCUAUUUUUCUGACUCCUCCUGGCUACCAGGGGGCUUCCCUACCCCUUUCAUCCUGCUCUUUCUGGGCCCGACACUCUGGGGUUUCAGCUCGGAAUGACUGCCCAUUAAGACCCUUUGCUCCUCCGCACAGAGCUGGGGAUGCCAGGAGCCUCGUCCUCUGGAGACUUUGUGACUCUGGGUUUCACUACUGCACUGUGAAGUGCCCUCUUUGCUUUUUCUCCCUCUAGAGCCACCCCUGCUUUUUUGCUGUGGGAGCACAUGUUAGGAAACAGUGACAGGUUUGGCUCCUGCUCAUUUUAACUGAAAGGAUGUGAACUUGGGUUCAAGCCUUCUUCCCUUCGUGUGAGAAGGGGGAGGGACUUGGAAUCAAGCUUCCCCUUGGUCCAGGCCUAAGCCCCUCACUAAUGACUUGGGAUUCUACUGGGUCACCUUCUGUGAGUACUUACUGUGCCUCUUCCAUGUGAUUUGGAAGGUGAGGAGACAGGAAUGGUCCACAGAGGGAGAGGGUGCCAGGCCAAGUCCUCUCAUAGCCACCCACCCCCUCCACAGAAGAGGACAGCAAGAGAAGACAGAGAGGCACGGUGGGAUUCCCUUUGCAAAUAACCAAGAUAUUUACAGGAUUCCAGACCAGGCCAUGGUUUUUAGGCCUCUGCUCUUUGUUCUCUGAGUUCUCAGAAAUGUAAAAAGUGUAGUUUAGCCCCAAAUGCCUCUAGAAAAAGAUUGGGGUGCCCCCAAAAGUGUCACGUACAGAGGGAAGCACACAGAGCUUAGGGAAAAGACACCUGAGAAUGACGAGACUGAUAGGAAUUGCUUGGCAGCUGAAGCCACAUCUCUAGGGGAGAGGAGCAGGCCUGGGAACACCUGAGGUGGCACCUGGCAGUAGAGGGCAGGAUGGAUGUAUUGAAAUCUGACAACUUCCGGAGCUUCUUUCUACAAAUGCCCCUGAGCCUGUGUCCUUGGUUUCCCUGAUGGACCAGUCCUGAGGAGGGGAAGGACAGUGGGAAUGGAGAUAGCACCUCCCCUCCCUGCAUACCUUCUUCCCCACUGUGCCUGGGCAUCACCCCCUCUGAAGGAACAGUGAACCAAGCAGCUUGGAAUCUAGGGAUGGUCUCUUGUCCUCAUAGCUUCUUCCAUUACUUCUUUUCUUUGCUGCUCUCCUCCUUUUUGUUAUACUCUUAUUUUUUGGUUUGCUUUUAAAAACCUUCUCUUUUUUUGUUGUUGCAUUAUUGUUUAUUUCUUUCCGUAUUUCUUUGUCUCUCUUCCUGUCGCUACUUUCUUCCAUUUCUUGUCUGCCCUACUGGUUUACUCCCUGGCUUCACGUGUGUCUGUGUUCCUCUGUGCUGGGCUGUCCUCCCAAGGCUUUCAGGCUUCAUCUCCUUCCUAACCUCUCCUCUCAUGUGGAGAUGGACAGGGAUGUCAGGAGCAUUGAGUGCUCUUGGCAACACCAUUGAAGAUGAUGCUGACGAUCGGCUACCCUGUAGAGAAGGCAGGCCAGGCUGGGUAUGAGGGGAGCUCCUUGGAAGUCAGGAGAUCUGUAGGGACAGCAAGGAUCUCUUUGUCCCAACCUCCAGCAGCCUGUCUGGGUGCUUCUGUGUUGACCUUGUUUCUGGGAUGGCCAUCUCAGUGCUGUUGCGGGCUAGCAAUUUCGGAAAAUUGGAUUUGUCUAGGCCUGAGCCCUUUGAGAAAGAAGCUUCCCUCUGGUUUGUAGCCCGACAUUAAUGAGUUUUGGUUCCUGUUGUUUCUAUAAUUACAAAACUCCAGCACAGGUAUUUAAGAGCCAAAGGCCAUGCUUGUGGAAGUAAGGGAGAAUCUUUCUAAAUGGAUCCUGAGAAUCCUCCUUACAGAUCUGAGUGGAUGAUCAGGCCCAGAGCAACCCUGAGACCCCAGGUUCCCACAGCAUUGGCUGUUCUUCAUAGGAGACUUCACAGGAGACCCAUUAUUGUUUACUGGACAUUAGGUGCUAUAUUGUAUAGCAUUUGCAUUCCACAGGUGAGGACAGGCUCAGAGGAAUAAGUGGCAUGCCAAGAUCAUUGAACAUAUCAGUAGCAGAAUUAGGAUUCAGACUUUGAUAGGCCUAACUCCAAAGCCCUGGCUUUUUUUUUUU